AGGAAGGAACGGAGGGAGGGGCAGCACGAGGAGAGCCUUGAUCUGCACGCUAAUCGUAGAAAAUAGUGAAAAGGGUGUCAUAAUCCAGUUAUAUGGCGGAAAGCAUGGGGCGGAUCGUACGAAAUUGCCUUGCGUUUCCUCCUUACCAGAAGCCUUGCGCCUGCAGGCAGAAUCGGAUCGAGCAUACUGGUGUGACAGAGACUGAGAGAAUUUGGGUCGGGAAAAUUGGACAACAGAUAGAGAGAGUGAGAGUGAGAGUGAGGUGUAGGGGGUCGUCGAGUUUUGUGCAUUGGGGGCCGAUUUGUCACCGAGGCCGAAGAGGCAGAGAUGUUUUGUGUCAAAGUCCAUGCUCCGGAGCAAUUCACAGAGGAGGAUUUGAUCCUUCGGAUGGCCACGACGACUGUCGCAGAGGCGAGCACGGAUGGGGGAGCCAAGGGAGCUCCGGUCAGGGAGAAGGGUGCAGGCCCUGCUGGAGGAGGAGAACCGGGACAUACGAGAACCGUCUGCUUUUCUUCGGGGAACCCUAGGGUGGAAUCCACUCGAGGAGUUAUGCACGUGUAUCGUAACACCACUGCAGACCCUGGAAGCGCAUAUCAAUUGCCGGUCGGUCGUAGUGAACAUUUGUGCGUUUUGGCAGUUCCGACUCAUAUGACUGGAGCGGAUUUUUGUCAGUUCACGGGCUCGUUUAUACAAAAUAUCGAAGACAUGCGGAUAAUCAGAAAUGAUGGCGUUACGGAUAGGUACAGUGUCUUGAUGAAGUUUGAUAAACAAAGCUCAGCUGAUGAGUUUUACCGUCACUAUAAUGGAAAACCUUUCUCUUCAUUGGAGGCGGAGGUUUGCCACGUCUUAUUCACUGCGGAUGUCCAGUACACCGACACAGCGGAGGAAGCAACUUUGCCUCCUUCUGGCCUGACAGAACUCCCCACGUGCCCUGUCUGUCUUGAAAGACUUGAUCAAAACAUCAGUGGAAUUUUGACGACUGUUUGCAACCAUUCUUUUCACAGUUCCUGUAUAUCAAAGUGGACCGAUUCGUCUUGUCAUGUUUGCCGAUACUGUCAACAACAGUCUGACAAAUCCACGUGCUCAAUUUGUGACACUUCGGAGAAUCUGUGGAUAUGCGUCAUAUGCGGUUUUGUUGGCUGUGGACGUUAUCAAGAAGGCCAUGCCAUCAAUCACUGGAAGGAGACUCAACAUUGCUACUCACUUGAGCUUGAGACUCAAUGUGUCUGGGAUUAUGUUGGGGACAACUAUGUCCAUCGGAUCCAAUCGAAGACCGAUGGGAAGCUUGUUGAGCUUCCAGCACCGUGCCGGGAUGGCUGUGAAGAUUGCAGCAGUUGUGAAGCUUACAGCAGGAGUGCUGAGGUUGAUGAGGCCCUUUACGAUAGCGAAUUAAAAGCCAUAGCAACCGAGGACGAUCAUCUUUUGACUGCACAACUGGAGAGUCAAAGACAGUAUUAUGAAGGAUUGUUAGAAGACGCAGAAAUAAGAAGAGAUGCUUCUAUUUCGUUGGCCGUGGAGAAGGCCAUCAGCCUAAAACUUCAACGAAUGCAGCAAGAUAUGAAGAAGGUUCAGGAAGAACACGAGCUUUUGCAGCAGAUGAAUCAGAUUCAUGUCGAUAAUCAAAAAAGGUGGCAGCAGAAGUCCAAGGAAGAGGAAGAAUGGGAAAGAGCUGCGAUCAAAGAACGCGAUAAGAAAAUUUCUGAUCUGGAACAUCAGGUUCGGGAUUUAAGGGUCCACAUUGAGACUCAAAAAAUGCAGGAGUCGAGUGCUAACGCUGCAGAGAUACGAGAAGGCACCAUCUUGCCUCUACCAGCUAACGUCAGCAAGCCUGGUAGAUCAUCAAAACUUGGUCGGAAAAAGAAAUGAAACGGAAAACUUCAGAGUUACGAUCGUCUUGUUACCUUUCACGUAGUAUCUGUCGUACACGGUAUAUAUAUUUUGGCGAUAAAUAGAUAGGUUCUUAUGACCGCUUUACCCCAAUGCUGGCCCUGCAGUGUCUCUCCAAUUGUCACAUCGCUCCUGCAUAACCAACAAGCUGUGGUCGAUCCUGUAAAUGAAAGCAAAAUCGCAGCGUCGAUACAAGUACGCUGACUAAGAAGAGAUUGCAAACACACACAUAGUCUUAGUAAUACGAACGACUAAUCGUUUUUGUCAGGAUUAAGGGAGGACUCCACGUCUACCCUUAAACCCCCACAGAACUCGAUGUCCGGAAGUUCAUCGUGCGCUGAAGGAAACGAAAGUCUGCUUCAAACAGUUAACGAGGUAUACGCACCGCAAACAUUUUCUCGAACAGGAUACGUUUCAUACAAAGAUCAGCUAUCUUGACAAGGAUGCCUUUAUAUUUCUGUACAGAUAGGUGAUCGGCGAACAUAACAAACAGCAUCCUCGCUACGAGCCUUUUCAACUCCCUGUAUUUGCAAGACCCUUGAAUUACAUUCCCUGCGCUCCGUAUCCUAGAAACUUGUGCGCGCGGAAUGCUAACUAGAUCGUCCCAUAAAACCUUUACAUUUUCUGACGGUCCUCAACGCGCA